CUCAUGAAUAAAGGGGCGGGCCGGGGGCCGGGCCUGUUUAUGUAACUGGGACAGAGCCGGAUUAGCCGGGAGGAAAGAGGAGGCACCGCGCCGGGAAUGGGAGCGGUGAGCAGUGGGCCGGCCCGCGGCCCGGGGGGGGCCCCGCAGGGGAAGGACCGGCGGGACACACCCGGUGGGGUGAGCGGUGCCUCCAGGAGCCGGGCGGGCGGAGGGCUCAGCCGCUCCGUCGGCUCUCAGCCGAACAGCGUCCCCCCAGCCCGGGGCCCCUGCGUUCGAGCCUGGAAGAGCCUCCUGUCGGGCGUGGGGGCCUCCGGGUCAGGCCUGAAGUGGCCACGGUGGGGGCGGGGGCCCCCGGGGCCCCCGCAGCCGGUCAUCCGGAUAACGGAGAGGCAGCCGAACGAGUGGCCGCUGCCGCAGUUCAUCUCGCUUUUCCUGCCCGAGUUUCCUCUCCGGCCCCCCUGGGGAGAGCAGCAGCUCAAGGUAGGUCGGCAGAACCCCAGCCAUAGGCCCCGGUGGCCCAAUUUAGUCUGUGAACUCAAAUGCGGAGGCCUGGCCCCUCUCCGCCUCCCACUCUAUCUCUCCUUGCAGGUUCUGGGGCUCGUGGCCAAAGGGUCCUUUGGGACCAUCCUCAAGGUGUUGGACCGUGGCCGGGAAGCCGUGUUCGCGGUGAAGGUGAUGCCCAAGGUAGAGGUCUUGCGGAGAGAUACCCUGCGGCAGUGCAAGGAGGAGGUCAGCAUCCGGCGCCAGGUCAGUCACCCGUUCGUCCACGGCUUGGGGGACAGCUGGCAGGGACAGCGACACCUCUUCAUCAUGUGCAGCUACUGCAGCACCGGAGACCUGCACUCCCUCUGGGCCACGGUGGGUUCCUUUGAUGAGGAGCCCAUCCGACUGUUUGCUGCUGAGCUGGUGCUGGUAUUAGGCUAUCUCCAUGACCUGGGCAUCACGCAUCGCGAUGUAAAGAUGGAAAAUAUCCUCCUGGAUGAACGAGGACACCUGAAGCUGACAGACUUUGGCCUGUCCCGCUACCUGCCCAGCGGGGGCCGAGCCUACACCAUCUGCGGGACCCUCCAGUACAUGGCUCCAGAGGUCCUGAGUGGAGGCCCGUACAACCAUGCUGCCGACUGGUGGUCCCUUGGAGUCCUCCUUUUCUGUUUGGCUACGGGAAAGUUCCCAGUGGCUGCUGAGAGAGACCACGUUGCCAUGUUGGCCAGUGUGAGCAGGUGUGACUACGCAGUCCCUGCCUCCCUCAGUCAGCCACUGUCACUCCUGCUCGGUGAGCUCCUGUGCCGGAACCCCUCCCUCCGUCUGCGCUACCUGCAUCGCUUCCGGGCUCACCCCUUCUUCCGGGGGGUGGCCUUCGACCCCGAGCUCUUGCAGAAGCAGCCCGUACCUCUCAUUUUAGAGGCGCGAGCCGCCCGGGCCCCGCCACCAGAACCGGAGACUUUUGGAGAUUUUGACUGUGAUUUGGUGGUCCCCCUGACCCGUCCCCACCCCGCUUGAACCUCCCUCACCCCGUUCCCGGGGCCAAGCCCCGUUUGGAACCUCAGGACUUUCACAGCUGCCAACUCAGGAACAACCCCUCUACUGCUCUGCCAACCCCUUCCACGCUGCGUCCCCCUUCCGCACCGGUUCCGCUCCACGUUGCAGCGAAGCUGCUCCUCCUCCAGCUGGAUGGAUACCCCUCUGCCUUCUGCUCGCUCGGCCUGGGCUCACACGGGGGGCUCUCGGCUCUACCGAUCGGGGGCCAGUGCUGCCCUGUCCUCCGACCCCGUGGAACCAACUUGAGACUCAGCCACACGGGCCCUGUGAUGACCAGCUCUCCGAAAGGGACCUAGUGGGAGAGGCCAGGCCUGGGUGACACGCUGGGUGGGCUCCUCCACCCCCCUCUGGUGCAGGUGGCCAGUUUUCAGUCAGGGCUGCCCCACUCCCUCUGCGUCCCUCCGGUUUCUCUGCCGCGUGACUCGGCUUCAGCAGUGAUGAACUUGGCACCGACACCCGGCAGCCCUCCUCAGAGCACGACGUCUUUCCCGGAGUUCGGGAACUUUGUUCUUUUCGGAUUUGUUGAAAACGAUUUUUCGAAGGACUGGGGAUUUUAACCAAUGAUGGGCAUUUUCAAAUUGGGGUGUGUGGCUCCCGUUAAUAAUGAACCUAAUAAAGGAAAUAAAGAUUUCAGAA